UCGGUUCAGGUAUGGCGCACCCAUCACUUUGCCUUCUCUUUUUUUGACGCCCAUAAUGCGCAGCCUUGACGUCGACGCACGGACCCCGGCUGUGAGGUGGGGGGUCUUGGAGAGUAUAAGAGGUGUGUGUACACACAGCCACGGCACACAGACACAGCUGACUGCUGCUGAGGGGCCACGGUCUCCUCUUCUAUCUGGAUAGAAAUCACAGGGAAUUCUCGCACGCAGGGCUCCUCUCUGCGUCCACACAUUUCUUUUUUUUUGGAAACUCCUUCACUCUUCUCUUUCCGCUUCUUGCCUUUUAGUCGGACCCGCUCUCCCCUUUCCUGACAAUCAACUUCCUUUAAGGUAAUUGUGUGAGCAAGUUUUUCAGCACCACGAGCAGAGUGGACAGCGCCGCAGCGGCCGCAGCAUGGAGCCGUACACGGUCCCAGGAGCGCAGCUCUCCCUGUCCGACCUUUACUCCGUCAUCCCCUUCAAUGUCACCUUCCCGGACGAGGAGAGCGGCUUGAUGGGCGACAGGCUGCAGAACUACACCGAGCAGCAGGGUCCGGUGAGGAGCGCCGGGGGUAUCAUCAUAGCCAUAUCCAUCACGGCUCUCUACUCGGUCAUUUGCGUGGUGGGACUCCUGGGCAACGUCCUCGUCAUGUACGGAGUGGUCAGAUACACCAAGAUGAAGACGGCUACAAACAUCUACAUCUUCAACUUGGCUCUAGCUGACGCCUUGGCUACCAGCACGCUGCCCUUCCAGAGCGCCAAAUACCUCAUGAACACCUGGCCGUUUGGAGAAGUCCUGUGCAAGCUCAUUAUUGCCAUUGACUACUACAACAUGUUCACAAGCAUCUUCACCCUUACCAUGAUGAGCGUGGACCGCUACAUCGCCGUGUGCCACCCUGUCAGGGCGCUGGAGUUUAGGACGCCGGUCAAGGCUAAGAUGAUCAACGUGCUCAUCUGGGUUCUGUCCUCAGCGAUUGGGGUGCCCAUUAUGAUCAUGGCUGUGACCAAAGUGAAGGAUAGCGGUAAAACCAUGUGCAUGCUGAAGUUCCCUGACCCUGACUGGUACUGGGACACAGUGACAAAGAUCUGCGUCUUCAUCUUUGCUUUUGUGGUUCCUGUGAUGGUCAUCACCAUAUGCUACGGCCUGAUGAUCCUGCGUCUGAGGAGUGUUCGUCUGCUCUCAGGCUCCAAGGAGAAAGACCGCAACAUGCGCCGCAUCACCCGCAUGGUCCUGGUCGUGGUGGCAGCCUUCAUCAUCUGCUGGACCCCCAUUCACAUCUUCAUCAUUGUGAAGACCAUGGUGGAGAUUGACAACAGGAACCCCUUUGUGAUAGCCAGCUGGCACCUGUGCAUCGCCUUGGGCUACACCAACAGCAGCCUCAACCCUGUCCUCUACGCAUUUUUGGAUGAAAAUUUCAAGCGAUGCUUCAGGGAUUUCUGCCUUCCCUGUCGGACCCGUGUGGAGCAGCACAGCCUCAACAGAGGCCGCAACACCACCAGGGAGCCGGUGUCCGUCUGUGCUCCAACAGAAGCGGGGAAGAAGCCGGCAUGACUAGGCAUGGACUGGGUCCCCCACAGCUCUCGCUCAAGGAGGAUCCAGCAAGAUUUGCAAUCAGAGGUCACCCAGAUCUCCACAACAGAGUUUUAAGAGAUCUUCCCAAGAAAAAGUUAGUCUCAAAGAAAUGACUGAUGCUUAUUCUCUCCAAUUUGGCUGACGUACAGACAUUCAAGGGAAUAGCUAGAGAUAAUGGAAAAUAGGUUUAACUUUGAUCUUACCUUUCUGUUGAAGUUCUCACAACAAAGUGGAAUAUUUUUCUCACAGGAAAUAUGACCCCUAACAAAGGCAGUGACAGUAGAUGGGGUGAUAGCCCAAAGACUUUAUUCAAGUGGUAAAGCAAGACUAUGAAAGCAGAAAAUCCCCAUCUCAUAAUUUGUCUGCCCAAAGGACCAGAGUACAAGAGUACUUUUUGAUGAUGCAAAAAGGACAAAGAAACACCAACAGGUAUAGUUGUCAGGCAACGAAUGCAUUAUUCAGACAGCAUCCUUCAGAGUGCAUUGCAAGACAAUAGACUGACUCUGUCGGGGUGAACACGCAACAAAAAACAGAUAGGUGAAAAAACAAACAUUUUCAUCAUUUCUUUUAAGUAACAAAUUCGAUUUUGGUGAUAUAUGAUUUUUUUGAAGAAGAAAACUCAUCUGUAUUUUUAACAUUAACAGAAAACAAAUGAGACUUACAGAGCAGAACCACACAAGUGAUACCCACAGACAGCUGGAUGAUGAAUUACAGAAUAGGCUGUUGCACAACAAGGUCAACCAGAGAGAGAACUCCUCUCUGGUAUUCUGUGUGAUUCCGCCAACCUCUUUUUUUGUCAUUAUUUUUUACAGCCAAUAAAGACACUUGUUCUUUAUUUUUUCCUUUUAAACUCUGCCGCCAUCAACUGUGUUAGGAGAAAUUUGGGACUCACUGUUCAGUACAUUUCAAAAUGUGUCAUAAAGGACAUGAAAUCGUAAUCAAGCUUUGUUUGUGGGGUUUUGUGCACAGAUGGAAAAAUCCACAUUAGCAUCAAACCACUGAAACUUGGAUUUCUAUGGACCUCUUUUCUGCUCAUGUACUUGACUUUCAUGGGCGGUGUGAAGCCCACAGAGAUCCUCUGAGCAGAAUCACUGAAUAAUGAUAAACCUGCCACUGAAGAAGACUCUCGGCAGUCACAACUGUCAGCUUAUUGGUUGUUACCCCGAAACUCGGACUGAGAGCAGCUUCAUCACAGUGUAGAAAAAAGCUUGUCCUGAUGUCAACAAACACACUGCUUCAAGGAGAUUAUUGAUCUGCAUUUUAAAUCAGCAAAAAGGCGACCAUGUGUCACAUCGAAUAUAGUAACACACUGAAGACACAGCUAAUGGCAUAAACCAGAGUGGUAAUUUAUUCUAGGUAAUUUAUUUACUGCAGCAGAUCACACCAAUCAAAUUGGGAGAUGUCAAUCAAUGGAUGCUGGGAAGGUUAAUGAUUGUGAACUUUGCAUACUAGAUGAGGUAUGUAAGAGGUACUAAUGCAGAGUUUAUGGGAAUUUGCUCUCAUGUGGAAAUAUUUUGAUGGUUAAACGUGCGUUGACAUGAAAACAUGUCCAAAUAUGCCACAUGUUUGAUUAAUGUUGAAAUGUUCAGUUGGCAUUGUGACAAAUGUGGAACAGAUUAAACUUCCAAACUGAAUAGAAAUCGAGAGGGUGUUGUAUGUUGUACAGGUUACGAAGCCCCUUGAGGCCAGUUUGUGAUAUGGGGCUAUAUGUAUAUAAUUAAGGGGGAAAAAAUGAAUUUGUAGAUAAAACCAAGCUUCUGCAUUUUAACAAAUUUGGCUUCUGCCACAGUUAAAAUGACUUUGAAGUGUAUCUGUGAUUCUGUACGCUUUCUUUACACUUUUUGGAUUGUAAUAUUUCACCACGAUGCUUUUGACUCAUGUGGCUUAAAUGAAAAAAAACAAAAAAAAUAAGAAAACUGAGAUGGAAAGACAACCAUCCAGUGCUGGGAAAUGGAUUCUUGCUCUGUUUACAGAUUCAGAAAUGUGCUUGUGGGUUGACUUGUACUUACCCACAGAGACAGGAAGAGAGACAAUAAAUAUUGGCUAUUCUGUGUGCAGUAGGAGUCUAACAUUUUUGCAGUGUGAUACAUUCCUGCAUAUUUUCCUAUAAUGACGGUGGUGAUUGAAAGGGUACUGUAUAUACCCGCUUUCUUCUUAGCUUCAACCAAGUGCUGCGUCUGUCGGGUGUGCAGGAUAUCUCUCAGCCACCAUUACUUUUGCAAAUUCAAGUUCUAGAAAUGCAGAAUGUACAGAACUAGUUUUACAAAAAAGAAUGACAUGGCUGUUCAAGUUUUAUUUUUUGACAAAUUAACAAAAGCUAAUUACUUCUAAUGAAUUAAGAGAUUAAAAAAAACCCUGUAAUAAACCAUGUGAAUUCAGGGUACAAUCAAAGUAAAAGUGUGUGGGUGUGUGUGCAUGAUUUUCAGUUUAUUAUCUCAUGUGAAUGGCUAAUCAAAAACUGUUUCCUUAUGUCAUUUCUCAUCACAAUGUAUAAGCAGAAUUACUCUCAUUGAUGAUACUUUGUUCAAACUGUUUCAAUUGUUGUUAUAGAAGCUAUAGAAAACAUAUUGUCAUUGUUGUCAUUUAUCUGCGUGAUCGAGUCCAAAAGAAACAAUCAGUAAUAUUUGAAUCCCAAAGUGACAAUAACAAACCAGCGGAGGCAUCCAAGUGUCACUGAUCAAAGCUGGUAUCCAGUGUUGCCCUAAUGCCAACAGAGAUUUCAGGCUUCACAAACAGCAGUCUGGCCCACACCCUGGGGUAUUUCAAUACUAAACUCUGCCCCCCAUCAUGACCUUCACUAUCUUUAAAUAUAGAAGGACAAACAGUAUCCCAACAAGCUGUAAUGAAAAAAUACGUGUUCUGCCUGGCAGCUCUUCAUCACAAUAUUACACAGUGAAACAAAAUGACAAAAUUAAUUAGAUUCAUGAGGCAAACAUACGGCACUCCAUCAAAAAUAAUUAUUCAAAGAUCUUCCGUGGAAUGAGCUUCAGUCACAGGAACCUUCAUCUGAGCUUUUGUUUUUCAGAGCAGGCAUUAAACCAUUUCACAUUAGAAAAACUGAAAGUAGCUGAUCAGAUAAUCUUAAUAUCUCAAACCACAUAUAAUUUAAUGCAGUGCUGUCGUCAAGACCACCUUUGUCGAGUCCAAGACCAGGACCAGUCAAGGCAGAGUCCAAAGAGGUUUGAGUCCAGCAGAGAGACAGAGUUAAGACUGAGACAGAAACAAGAAUAUGUUUGCCGUUACCAAUGAGAUGUUUUGGCAGCCAGGCAUACAAUAAGUGACAUUGAUUGGCGGCCAAUGUUAAUGUCUAGAUGGAUUUUGAAUUAAACUAAUACCUGUUUUCUGAAUAAGCAUGCUUCAUCAGUAGUAUUUUUUAUACCACUGGACUCGGUUGAGACCAACUAGAAUAUUUGGUGAGACCAAAGGCCAAUUCUGAGACAAUUCCUAGCGCAAAUACCAACGAGUCAGAGACAAUAGAAAAAUCGUCUCCAGCCUGAGACUGGACUUGAGUGCUCAGGCACUGGUACAAUAAGACAAUGUUUACUCUCCCUCACCCUCCCUCCUCCUCCCUUCUGGGCCUGUGACUCGUUUAGCUGGCAAAUAUCAGCAGAAAAAAGCCAGGGUCACUCCUUAAACUGAAACACUGGCGAGCUACAGGACUGCAAUGCCACAGCUGUGGCAAACUGGUAAUUAUUAGCGGACCAUUCGUGUUUCUCGUCGUGUAAAACAAAUACUGAAUAUGACAUGAUGAUGUGACAUCACGUGCAGUUGUGGUGGUGGCUUGUCAUCCCGUGCAGUUGGCUUCUCAAUAGCGCUACUUCACUACUGCGGUUGUACUGAGGUCAACAGUAAAGCACAUUUAUAUACUACUCAUUUGCAUUUAUUUGAUGCUGUCCCAAUCCAUUUGUUACUACCAUAAUUAGGAAAAGUAUACAAUGAACCUGUUUGGCAAACCACAAAAAGUUCAAAAAUUCAAAGGUGCAAACUCUGUAACUGCAAAUGGUUACACUGACCUGAAAGGAUUCGUAAAUUCCAGCUCUAAAAGCCCUCUAUAAAACCAGUACCACAUAUGAAUAAGCUAGGGACUCUUAAGAAGACUACAGUAUGUUUUUGACUAUGUUAAGCCCUAAAGAAGCCACCCAUCUUAUAUUUCUUCUUAACACAGCUUUGUGUUUGGUACUACAUUAACACCUAGCUAACCCAAAUCUUUGACCUUCAACAGUAAUCAAUCAAUAUAUCCCAUUUCUGCCACUAGAUCCUCCUAAAAGUUACACACUGGACCUUUAAGACCUGGUCACGCAUUUAAAUAGCAAAAUAAUGUAGCAAUCCAGUUCCUUCCACGAUUUACUCACAGUCAAACUAAAUAUGCACAUUUUUGCCCAAUUUUUUAUUUUAAAGCGCUUUGAGUGGUCAGAAGACUAGAAAGGAGCUAUACAAGUACAGGCCUAUUCACCAUUUGAGGGUCAAAGAGUCUUAUCCAAAAUGGAGGAAGCUAUUGUAGUUUAGUAACUGUUCUGCACCACUCACUUUUAUUUAACCUUAUCUGCCAGAGUCAAAACUGUCCCACAAAAGGAUAAGUUUGGUGACAAUUAUGAGACAGGAAUUGACAGUACAAAUAAUUUUUUUUAGACUCAUUGUCCUGUUAGUGACUGAGCUAAGCUAAUAAGCGAAUGAGCCUGCUAACUGACUUUUAGUAAGCUUGGAAGAACGUUAUCCUCCCAUUUUACAAUUUUUUUAUUGAACCACAUGGUGUACAAUGCAGGGGCGGAUCUAGAGAAAUAUUCAUGGGGUGGCCACAGGGUGGCACAGAGACUCUAAAGGGAGGCAGAAAUAUAUGCUGGUUUAAUCACAUCACAUAUAUCAAUAUUUUCUUGGAAAAGCCCUCAUAUGACAAUAUUUGAACAUUAUUGUGGCACAUUAGAAAAGCAUUGAAAAAUCUAAAGGUGGUAUUAGAAAUCAAAAAUAAUUUUAUUUCCAAAUCUUCAGACAUUUUUCCAAACAUGUCUUUAUUCAUUGUCAAGUCCAUUACUUAGUCUAAAAUUUGUCCAUAACAGAUAAUUAAAUUAAUUAAAUUGUGUUAAUUUCCAUGUUUUAAUAUGUUUUUUAUUCAUUUAUCAUAAUUAAGUGUUAAAUUGGAAUUUUUUGGCACCAAACUGGGGUGGCCAGGGAUUUCUUAGCACCUAGAUCCACCUUCGGUACAAUGUCAAACAAAGUGGCCAGGAGUGGAAAACAGAACAACAGAGAGAAAAUAAAGGAAAACUCUGCGAGCUAUUGUGACUGACUGUGCUUGAAUGAACAGCCCUGUUAGUCACUGAGUCAUCAAGACUGUACAACCAAAUAUUCCACAAAGACACGCAGGUUAACCAAAAUGUGUCUUGUAAAUAAACAACAUACACUAGACUAGAUUUUAUUUACAUGACCCAAGCUGGGUUUCAAGAUGUAGGCUAAAGGUUGAAAAGACUUAGUUUUGCAAUGAUUUAGUUUUUAAUGAGAAGUACAUUUUGUUAUUAGUAUUUUCUGACAUCAACCAUUCUGACAGUAGCAAACUGCAGUAUUUUAUUGUAUAGCAGUAAUUAAUUCAGUCCUGGUUUGUUGUGUUGUGUAGCUAUUUGGUUCAAUUACAAUGUGUGAAACAAUGUAUAAGGUGUCUGGGAUAUAAGGAGAUGACGGAACGGUGGGAGAGCCUUUAAGUAGGUGAGCCAGCAGAGCUCAGGCAGUUGCUCAGACGAGGAGCCACAUAUGCUGAACAAAGUUCCUAUUGAUUGUCAAUCGAUGUUACUGAAGAGUUCAUGUUACUGAUUGCUCCUUAAAUCCUCUUCCCUUGCUCUGCUCUCAUUUGCUUUUUGUUGUACCUUUGUAAUUUACCUUACAUUGUUGUUGUUAGCUUUUUUGUCAUUAUUCUAUUUGAUAUAACACUGCUUAACACUGUAAACGGAAUACUGAAAAGCCUGUGUGAAUAUAACUAACUGUACAUUUGUGUAAGAUGCCAAUUUGAUGUAUAACCCAUGACUGUAGUGUGUAAGGCAAAUGUGCUGAUCAUACUUACUACAUACUACACUAUAAGCUAGUUAUUUUGCAGUGUUAACAUGCUACUUUUUAGCUUCUUCUGGUGCAUCUGUUGUAUGCAGCAGCGGUGUUUCAAGCCUUAUUCUGAAAUAAAGAAAAUAAAAUGAAGCUGAGAGAAAA